GCCACAUGCAACAUCAUGCACGACCCGGAGAGCAUGAUAGAGAAGAUCUGCCAGUUCCUGGGGAAGGCGCUGGAGCCAGGAGAGCUGGACUUGGUCCUGGAGAACAGUUCCUUCCAGGCAAUGAAGGAGAACAAGAUGUCCAAUCUCAGCCAUGUGCCCAAGGAGCUUAUUCCCACCAGUAUAAAACUCAUCCGGAAAGGCAUCAUAGGAGACUGGAAGAACCACUUCACCCCAGCUCAGGCCCAAGCCUUCGAGGAAACAUUCCGGGAGAAGAUGGCGGGACUUCCUCCGGAGCUGUUCCCUUGGGACUACGUCCAGACUUAUUUCUAUGUUUGUAGAGACAAACUCUUGUAGCCCCCCCCUCACCUGAUAGAGGUGAUAGGAUGGGGGUGGGGUCAUAGCAUAAAUCUGUCACUCAAAUCUGGAGGUCUAAAGUUUCAUAUUGAAGCCUUAAUCCAAUUACCACGGUGCCCAUUAACUCUAUUCCAUCCAGGGCAUACGAGGCUUUUUUCUUUAAAAAAAAUAAUAACCUUAUUGGUAUAAUACAGGUGAUGUACAGAGGGCUUGCAAUGUCAUGAAUGAGGUAAUGAGCAUACUUCCCAUCUGGUGUCUUCCCUGCCCUUGCUUUCUCCAUCCAUCCUCCACCCAUGAGUUGCAUAGUUCACUUCAUCCAUGUCCACUGAGCCCCACGGCUGCACUUGUUCACCCUUUUACCCUUGAGUUCUGGGGUCUCCCCCCACCUUCUCAUAGAUAUACACAUGAAUAUACCAGACAUAGGUAAAGAAAACAGACUCAUC